GGGGGGUUUGUUGGGCGGAACAUAAAUAUUUUGGUGGUGGUGAUAUUACCGACCUCUAAAUUGUAUACUAAUUUUGUGUGUGUGUGUUUACUUCUAUUUUCUUUGGAUUAGGGUGUAGAUCCAUUUUGGAGAGGACCGCAGUGGAUGACGACUAGAUUCAUGACGGAGGGGAACCAGAUUUGCAAUUCCCAUUGUUAUGAGGAAGAGCUCCAACUGGUACUACUGAAAUCUCCAGCAGGCAAAAAUCUCUUCCUCGACCGGGUAUGUCUGCAUGAUUUAAAGAGAUUUGAUUUAUGGAAGAGCACAACACUUUCGAUUGUUUUCUAUUCUUAUUAUUGGUGGUUUUGGCUA